AUGCAAUCGAUGCGCUUCAUCAUCCUGGCCCUGCUUCUGCAGGUCCUCCCAGCAUGGGCAAUAAACGACCCGGCCAAAUCAGCCACCCCCUACCACGAUGAAUUCCCCCUCUUCCGCAGCGCCAACAUGGCCUCGCCGGACAAACUCUCAACAGGAAUCGGCUUUCAUUCCUUCCGCAUCCCCGCCGUGAUCCGCACCACGACCGGCCGCAUCCUCGCCUUCGCCGAGGGCCGCCGGCACACGAACCAGGACUUUGGCGACAUCAACCUCGUGUACAAGCGCACAAAGACAACCUCGAACAACGGCGCCACCGCCUCGGACUGGGAGUCCCUGCGCGAAGUCGUCGGGUCCGGCGCAGGCACCUGGGGCAAUCCCACCCCCGUCGUCGACGCCGACAACACCAUCUACCUGUUCCUCUCGUGGAACGGCGCAGGCUACAGCCAGCACGGCAACGACGCCCUGCCCGACGGCACGGUGACCAAAAAAAUCGACUCGACCUGGGACGGCCGCCGCCAUCUGUAUCUCACCGUGUCGACCGACGACGGGAACACCUGGUCCCAGCCCGUUGAUCUCACAACGCAACUCACCCCCACCGGCUGGGCCUGGGACGCCGUCGGCCCGGGCAACGGCAUCCGCCUGACGACGGGCGAGCUGGUCGUGCCCGCCAUGGGCCGCAACCUCGUCGGGCGCGGGGCACCGGGGAACCGCACGUGGAGCGUGCAGCGGCUGGGCGGGGCCGGGGCGGAGGGGACGAUCGCGCAGACGCCGGACGGCAGGCUGUACCGCAGCGACCGGCCCAGCGCCAAGGGGUACCGGAUCGUGGCGCGGGGGACGCUGGACGGCGGGUUCGGGGCGUUCGCGACGGACACGGGGCUGCCGGACCCUGCGUGCGAGGGGUCGGUGCUGCGGUAUAACAGCGAUGCGCCGGCGCGGAUGAUCUUUCUGAAUUCCGCGUCUGGGACGAGUCGGCGGGCGAUGCGCGUGCGGAUCAGCUACGAUGAGGACGCGGGCAAGUUCGAUUAUGGGCGGAAGCUGGGGGAUGCGCCGGUUAGCGGGGCGGGAUAUGAGGGGGGGUAUUCAAGUAUGACCAAGACAGGGGAUUACAAGAUUGGGGCGUUGGUGGAGAGCAAUUUCUUCAAUGAUGGGACGGGGAAGAAUUCGUACCGGUGUAUCCUGUGGAGGAGGUUCAAUCUGUCGUGGAUCCUGAAUGGACCGAACAAUUAA